CGGGCGCCGGGCGCUGCCGCUGGUGCUGGCGGCGCUGGCGGCCCUGGCGCUGCCCCGCGGCUGCGGCGCCGCCAUGGACGAGUGCACGGAGGAGCGGAGCGGGCGGCCGCAGCGCUGCAUGCCCGAGUUCGUCAACGCCGCGUUCAACGCCACGGUGGUGGCCACCAACACGUGCGGGUCGCCGGCCGAGGAGUACUGCGUGCAGACCGGCGUCACCGGCGUCACCCAGUCGUGCCACCUCUGCGACGCCGCCCAGCCCCACCUGCGGCACGGCGCCGCCUUCCUCACCGACUACAACAGCCAGGCCGACACCACCUGGUGGCAGAGCCAGAGCAUGCUGGCCGGCGUGCAGCACCCCGCCGCCGUCAACCUCACCCUGCACCUGGGAAAGGCCUUUGACAUCACCUACGUGCGUCUGAAAUUUCACACCAGCCGGCCGGAGAGCUUUGCAAUCUACAAACGCACCAGGGAAGAUGGCCCGUGGGUGCCCUACCAGUACUACAGCGGGUCCUGUGAGAGCACCUAUAACAAAGUCAAUCGGGGUUUUAUUCGGACUGGAGAGGAUGAACAGCAGGCACUCUGCACGGAUGAGUUCAGUGACAUCUCCCCUCUCACAGGGGGCAAUGUGGCGUUCUCAACGCUGGAGGGGCGACCCAGCGCCUACAACUUUGACAACAGCCCUGUGCUACAGGAAUGGGUGACAGCUACUGACAUCAGGGUGAGCCUCAACCGUCUGAACACCUUCGGAGAUGAAGUUUUCAACGACCCCAAAGUUCUCAAGUCAUAUUACUAUGCUAUUUCUGAUUUUGCCGUGGGUGGUAGAUGCAAAUGCAACGGUCACGCAAGCGAGUGCGUGAGGAAUGAGCUUGGGAAGCUGGUCUGCAACUGCAAGCACAACACCUUUGGGGUCGACUGUGAAAAGUGUCUUCCUUUCUUCAAUGACCGGCCGUGGAGGAGAGCGACAGCAGAGAGUGCCAAUGAAUGUUUGCCUUGCGACUGCAACGGGAGGUCCCAAGAGUGCUACUUCGACCCCGAGCUGUACCGCUCGACAGGCCACGGCGGCCACUGCAUGAACUGCCAGGAUAACACCGACGGUGCCCACUGCGAGAGGUGCAGGGACAGCUUCUACCGCCUCGGGAGCGAGGAGGGAUGUCUGCCCUGCAGCUGCAACCCAGUUGGCUCCCUCAGCACACAGUGCGAUAGCUACGGCCAGUGCAGCUGCAAACCUGGCGUGAUGGGUGAUAAAUGUGACCGGUGCCAGCCAGGUUUCCACUCCCUCUCUGAGGCUGGGUGCAGGCCCUGUUCUUGCAAUCCUGCUGGUAGCACAGGUGAAUGCAAUGUCGAAACAGGACGGUGUACUUGCAAGGACAAUGUUGAAGGCUUCCACUGUGAGAGAUGCAAACCUGGGUUUUUCCAUCUGGAUCCCUCAAAUCCAAGAGGCUGUACCCCCUGCUUUUGUUUUGGACACUCUUCAGUUUGCACCAAUGCCGCUGGCUACAGCAUCUACAGCAUCACCUCCAGCUUCCAGUUUGGAGAGGAUGAGUGGCGUGCUGAACAACGUGACGGCUCAGAAGUCCCCCUCCAGUGGAGUGCAGAGACCCAGGAUAUCUCUGUCAUUUCAGACAGCUACUUCCCCAUGUAUUUUGUUGCACCACGCAGGUUCUUGGGCAACCAAGUUUUGAGUUACGGUCAGAACCUGACCUUCUCCUUCCGCGUGGACAGACGAGACACACGCCUUUCAGCGGAGGAUCUGGUGCUGGAAGGGGCUGGGCUGAGAGUGUCAGUGCCUCUAAUUGCCCAGGGCAAUUCCUACCCCAGCGAGAGCCCACUGACCUACACCUUCAGGCUUCAUGAGGCUACCGAUUACCCGUGGAGGCCUGCUCUGUCUGCGUUUGACUUUCAGAAGCUUCUCCACAAUUUGACUGCCAUCAAGAUCCGUGGGACAUACAGCGAGAGAAGUGCUGGCCACCUGGAUGAUGUUACCAUCACAAGUGCUAUCCCCGGGCCCGGUGUGCCUGCGGCAUGGGUGGAGAGCUGCUCCUGUCCAGCAGGCUACGAGGGGCAGUUCUGUGAGCGCUGCUCCUCUGGGUACCGCCGAGAGACGCCUGGCCUCGGGCCCUACAGCCCCUGCGUGCCUUGCACUUGCAAUGGGCACAGCGAGACAUGCGAUCCCGAGACAGGUGUGUGCAACUGUAGGGAUAACACAGCGGGGUCUCACUGCGAGAAGUGCAGCGAUGGGUAUUACGGAGAUGCGACAGCAGGCACGGCCUCGGACUGCCAGCCCUGCCCGUGCCCCGGUGGCUCCAGCUGCGCCAUCGUGCCCCGCACAAGGGAGGUUGUGUGCACCAGCUGCCAGGCUGGCACGACAGGCAAGAGAUGUGAGCUGUGUGACGAUGCCUAUUUCGGGGACCCGCUUGGUGAGAACGGUGCCGUGAGGCCUUGCCGCCUGUGCCAGUGCAAUGACAACAUCGAUCCUAACGCCGUGGGGAACUGCAACCGCCAGACAGGCGAGUGCCUCAAGUGCAUCUACAACACAGCCGGCUUCUACUGCGACCGCUGCAAGGACGGCUUCUUCGGGAACCCCCUGGCCCCCAACCCUGCCGACAAGUGCCGGGCCUGUCACUGUAAUCCCUAUGGCACUGUGAAUCAACAGACAAACUGCAAUCAAGUGACGGGGCAGUGUGAGUGCCUCUCGCACGUCACCGAGAGGGACUGCAGUGCUUGCGAGCCUGGCUUCUUCAACCUCCAGAGCGGACGUGGCUGUGAGAGGUGUGACUGCCAUGCACUGGGCUCCACCAACGGCCAGUGUGACAUACGAACAGGGCAGUGCGAGUGCCAGCCUGGCAUCACCGGCCAGCGUUGUGACAGAUGCGAGGUCAACCACUUUGGAUUUGGCCCUGAAGGCUGCAAACCAUGCGACUGUGACCCUGAGGGUUCGCGUUCCCUGCAGUGCCGGGAGGACGGUCGCUGUGAGUGCAAGGAAGGCUUUGUGGGGACCCGCUGCAACCAGUGUGAGGAGAACUAUUUCUACAACCGGUCAUGGCCAGGCUGUCAGGAGUGUCCUGCAUGUUACAGACUAGUGAAAGAUAAGGUGGCAGAGCAGCGAGAGAGGCUUCAGGAGCUGGAAAAUCUUAUAGCGAAUCUGGGUACGGGAGAAGAAACUGUAACUGACCAAGCCUUUGAGGAGAGGUUGAAGCAGGCAGAAAGAGAUGUCAUGGAGCUGCUCCGAGAAGCACAAAACAGCAAAGAUGUAGAUCAGGGCCUGAUGGAUCGUCUCAAAGACAUCAACAGCACACUAGUGAGUCAGCUCAACAGGCUGAGGAACAUCCAGAACACCGUGCAGGAGACAGAGAACUUGGCAGAGAAAGCCCGGGAACGGGUGGAAGCCACAGAAGACCUGAUCACGACAGCUUCUGAUAUGCUCGAGAAGGCAAAGAUGGCAGCUGACAAUGUGUCCAUUACACCUCCGGAGUCGAGUGGCGACCCUAACAACAUGACUCUGUUGGCAGAAGAGGCCCGUAAGCUGGCUGAAAGACACAAGCAAGAAGCGGAUGAGAUUGUUCGCGUAGCCAAGGCAGCAAAUGAUACUUCCACAGAAGCGUAUCAGCUACUGCUGAAGACCUUGGCUGGGGAAAACCAAACCGCGAGUGAUAUUGACGAGCUCAACCAGAAAUAUAAUCAAGCAAGGAACAUUUCUCGGGACCUAGAGAAACAGGCUGACAAGGUGCUUACAGAGGCAGAGGAAGCUGGAAACAAGGCCCUUCAGAUCUAUGCUAAUCUCACCAAUCUGCCCACUGUGGAUUCCACAGGGCUAGAGAAUGAAGCAAAUAAGAUCAAGAAGGAAGCAGAGGAGUUAGAUCAGCUAAUAGCAAGGAAGCUGAAAGACUAUGAAGACUUGAGGGAAGACAUGAAAGGAAAGGAGCUGGAAGUAAAGAACCUUUUGGAGAAAGGGAAGACGGAGCAGCAGACUGCAGACCAGCUCCUGGCUCGAGCGGAUGCAGCAAAAGCCCUGGCUGAGGAAGCUGCUCGGAAAGGCAACGGCACGCUGCAGGAGGCUAAUACCAUUCUCAGCAACCUGAAAGAUUUUGAUAAGCGGGUGAACGAUAACAAGACAGCAGCUGAGGAGGCAUUGAAGAAGAUUCCUGCCAUCACCCGGACCAUUGCUGAAGCCAACAAUAAGACACGCCAGGCAGAGAUGGCGCUUGGCAACGCUGCUGCUGAUGCCCAUGAAGCCAAGACUAAAGCAGAUGAUGCUGAGAAGAUCGCCAGUUCUGUUCAGAAGAGUGCUGCUGCUACCAGAGCUGAAGCUGACAAGACUUUCUCUGAUGUGACGGGGCUGGCCAAAGAAGUGGAUGACAUGAUGAAGCAACUCCAGGAAGCAGAAAAAGAGCUGAAGCGGAAGCAAGAAGAUGCUGAUCAGGACAUGAUGAUGGCAGGCAUGGCCUCACAGGCAGCCCAGGAGGCAGAAGACAAUGCAAGAAAAGCAAAGAACUCAGUGAACAACUUGCUUACUGUCAUUAAUGAUCUUUUAGAUCAACUAGGGCAACUGGAGACGGUGGACUUGAACAAACUGAAUGAGAUCGAGGGUAGCCUGAAUAGUGCCAAAGACCAGAUGAGAAGUAGCGAACUGGACCAGAAAGUGUCUUUGCUUGAGAGAGAGGCCAGGAAGCAAGAUGAUGCAAUACAGGCCUACAACAGGGACAUUGAGGAAAUCCUGAAAGACAUUAGCAACCUGGAAGACAUCAAGAAGACCUUGCCAUCUGGCUGUUUUAACACCCCGUCCAUUGAGAAACCCUAAGGGAGCGCUGGGGGUGGAGGGUAUUCCCCGGGUGACUGGUGAAGCAAUGGUUUGGCUAUGGAGUGCCUUAACACACAUUACCUUCUUCAAAUCCCCAACUCUUCGCUGCUCGCAGCCACUGUUCUCUUUUCAAAUCAGGAUAAGUUGAAAAGUUUUUAUUUUAUUUUAUUUUUAUUUUAUUUUA